AUGGCUUCAAAUGGCUUGGUCGUUCCUGCUUCUCACAACUACGAGGAGAAUGGCCGUCUCUACCACGGCUUCCGACGCGGCCUCUACAUGUACCCGUGCGACGAGCCCGAGAAGGACCGCAUGGACAUCUACCACAAGCUCAAAUAUCUGAACUCUGAGGUCUACGGCUUAGAUCUGGUCAACAUCCAGCCCGAGAAAAUUCCUCCGAACCUGCGUUUUCGCGUCCCACGCGACUACGAAAGCCCGUGGGCACUCGGCGAGGAAUCAUUCGAUCUGGUCCAUCUGAGGAUGGCCUGCGGUAGUAUCACGAGCUGGCCCGAGAUGUACCAGAAAAUCUUCACUCACCUGAAACCUGGUUCUGGGUGGAUAGAGCACGUCGAAAUCGACCUGGAACCCCGCUGCGACGACGGCACACUCUCCCCAGACAGCCACCUCACGCAGUGGUACAACUACCUCGCAGAUGCCACGGCUCGCGUUGACCGCCCCAUUGCGUAUGACCACCGCACCCGCCAGCUUCUGCAAGCAGCCGGCUUCAUUGAUAUCCAGGAGACCAUCAUCCGUGCGCCAUACAACUCGUGGCCCGCUGACCCCCACCAAAGGGAUAUUGGUAGGUGGUACAAUCUAGGCCUAACCGAGGGCCUGGAAGCUCUGAGCGCUGCGCCCUUCACACGCGUGAACCGGUGGAAUAUGAACGAGCACGUCAAGCCGCUUGUCGAAGCCGUACGCCGCGAAGUAUGUAACCGCAAGAUUCAUGCGUACAACAACAUCCACAUCUGGACUGCCCGCCGACCGGGACAAUGA